GGACCAUCAUUCUGUGUCAACUUUUUAUUGCUAAAAUUUGUGAUUUUUAUUUUAUUAAAAAAUCAUAAAAAUUACUUGCUAAAAAAACAUUUAAUGAUGUCUACGCAUAAAACUGAGGUGAAAAUCAUGCCCAGGGCGAUUGUCUGUGAGGAUACCAAUCUUCGUGGGGACAUAACAAUAUCCGGAGGCUGUGUCAUUCACCCUAGUGCUACCAUAGUCGCUGAAUCUGGCCCCAUAAUCAUCGGGGAAAAUUGCAUUAUUGAGGAAUAUGUUACAAUUAUCCAUCGCGUACCACGGGAACAGAUGACAUCCGGCGACCGCGCCCCUGUUCUCGUCAUUGGGGCCAACAAUGUCUUCGAGGUGGGAUGCCAUGUGGAGGCGUUCAAGAUUGGCGAAAGGAAUGUCUUUGAGUGCCGCUCCAGAGUGUCGGCGAAUGUAAAAGUUUCCAAUGGAUGCGUCAUCGGUGCCGGAUGUCAUCUCAGUGGUGCUCAGGAGUUGCCGGAAAAUACUGUGAUAACCGGAAAGAAUUGCCUACAACGCGAAGCUCUCGAGAAGCAAUCCUCGCAAACACUACAGCUGGAUUUUCUGCGGAAAGUCCUUCCAAACUACCACCACAUCCGGAAGGCGACUUUCGACCCUAAGAAAAUUCGGGCGCAAGUGUGAAUUCCGCAAUCUCCUGAAUCCUUCUAAUAAUAUUUAUAUGUUUUAAUUUACAAACUAUCUCUAUUUAUUGUUCUUUCAAGACGAUAAAAAUUCCGUCAUAAAUUUUUUUAAUACAUUGACUUGGUUUCUUUUUUUUUAAUUUUAAUUUUAAUUAUAAAAAAACGUCUAGUUUACAUACGUUGGCAUUUUUUUUUUAAUUUCAUAAAUGCUCAUUUUUUUUGUCUUUGUUGUUACAACAUGGAAGGACAUUUUUAUCCCUUUUAAAGGUCAAAUAGGGAUAUAAAGGAGGAAGUAUAUAGGAAUGAUGAUAAUAAUGUGAUGCAUUAGCCUUUUGAUUUGAGUUUUUUUUACAUUCCCAUCGUAAUUGGGCCGGAAAGGGUUAACCAAUUGGAAGAACAAUUCCGUGCAAUAAAUAAAAGAAUCUCAUUUUUCAGUCUUUUAAGAAGAAAACUUCUUAACGAUUUUUCUUUUCAACAGAGCAUUUUGUUAGAACGAUUUAAUUUGAUGCUAAACGCUACGUCUACUGUAAAUGCUUAAGUACAUAAUUUCUCAUUUAUGCUCAUUAAAUUGGGACUCGAAGAAGAAUUUAUAAAGUUUAAUGCAAAAAGUUAAUUACAAUUUUGCCACCAAGAGAGAAAAUACUGCGGAAAGUCUUAAAUUUUUGUCUUAUCGCUUAUCAAUAGUAAUUUAGCGAGUACCCUGUUAUGUAAGGUACAACACAUAAUAGUUUUUCACAUAGUCUCUGGUUUGUUCUUGGCAUUGUGGCAAUGCAAAGAAAACCAAUUGUAAAUAAUUUCAACAGAGAGGCCCAAUUGCACUGGGAGGAAUGUUAAUGGUUUUAUACGAAUGAAAGUUUUGUGGUUGAAGAGUUCGGAAGGAAUUUUCACAUCAAGGAGCAGGAGGAAGGGGAUAUUUUAUCACAGCACAGAGAAUGUGAUGUUUUUUCUUUCUUUUUAAAUUUAAAUAUAUCUUUGAAGUCAGCA